AGGUAUAUAUAAGCGUAUCAGCUUUAGGGUUUUGUGUACCAUUGUAUCUGCUUCUCUCAGCCGUUUUCUGCAGCCGGUGCUCUUCGCAGACAGUGAGCCAUGGCCGUCGGCAAGAACAAGCGUAUCUCCAAGGGGAAGAAGGGAAGCAAGAAGAAAGCUUCUGAUCCCUUUGCCAAGAAGGAUUGGUAUGAUAUCAAGGCUCCUUCUGUGUUCCAGGUCAAAAAUGUUGGCAAAACCCUCGUCUCUCGUACUCAGGGUACCAAGAUUGCUUCAGAAGGACUCAAACAUAGAGUGUUUGAGGUCUCAUUGGCCGAUCUUCAGGGCGAUGAGGAACAAGCUUUCAGGAAGAUCAGACUGAGAGCUGAAGAUGUUCAAGGAAAGAAUGUUCUGACCAAUUUCUGGGGAAUGAACUUCACUACUGACAAGCUGAGGUCACUGGUGCGAAAGUGGCAAACUCUGAUUGAAGCCCAUGUGGAUGUGAAGACUACUGAUAACUACACAUUGAGGAUGUUCUGCAUUGGAUUUACCAAGAGAAGAGCUAACCAGGUGAAGAGAACCUGUUAUGCACAAUCCAGCCAGAUUAGACAGAUACGCAGGAAGAUGAGGGAAAUCAUGACCAACCAGGCAACAUCUUGUGAUUUGAAGGAGUUGGUCCGCAAGUUCAUUCCUGAGGUGAUUGGGAAAGAGGUUGAGAAGGCAACAACUGGCAUUUACCCUCUGCAGAAUGUGUUUGUUCGUAAAGUCAAGAUCCUGAAAGCUCCUAAGUUCGAUCUUGGAAAAUUGAUGGAGGUUCACGGGGAUUACUCAGAAGAUGUUGGUACUAAGGUAGACAGACCUGCUGAUGAAACCGUGGCUGAGGAACCCACUGAAAUUGUUGGAGCUUGAUUAUGUGGUUUUAGUUAUGCUUUAGGUCUGCUGUUACUUCUGCUUUUUUACUGAGAGUUAAGAUUGAACUUCAGUCCUUUUCGACAUUCCGGAAACCUUAUUUGCUAUCAAUAUAUAUCUGGAUUUUCUUUUGAA